AUGGAGACUCUAGGACUCGCUGGACCCAGCAAUGCUGCAGAAUCCAUUGCAAGGGCUGCAAAAACCGCAUUUGAGGCAUCUCAGCUCAUCCCGCCGGAGGAGCGUGUGAGGGCGCUCCACGAAAUAUGCAAGGAACUGGAGGCAGCCAAGGAAGAUGUCUUGAUGGCGAAUAGAAGAGAUCUUGAGGCUGCGCAAGCGGAAGUUGACGCAGGACACAUGUCUGCGUCUCUUCUCAAGAGACUCGAUCUCACGAAGGGAGACAAGUGGGACUCGAUGCUACAAGGCGUGAAGGAUGUGGCCAAUCUCCCAGAUCCUACGGGAAUAGUGACAUAUGCAUCGGAACUCGACGAUGACCUCGAGCUCUACCGUGUUUCCUGUCCUAUUGGCGUCUUGCUAGUGAUUUUCGAGGCGCGCCCGGAGGUCGUCAUCAACAUUGCCUCGCUCGCUAUCAAGUCUGGGAACGCUGCCAUCCUCAAGGGCGGAAAGGAAUCAAAUGAGACCACCCGAUUAUUGUCGAAAGCUAUUCAGAACGCGCUCUCACGGACAUCCAUCCCGAGCACAUAUAUCCAAGCGAUACAGACGCGAGCAGAGGUGUCCGCGCUGCUCCAGUUGGACCAGUACAUCGACCUCGUCAUCCCACGGGGGAGUAAUAGCCUGGUCCGGAGCAUCCAGAAUAGCACACGGAUACCGGUAAUGGGACAUGCAGACGGCCUGUGCUCAGUCUACUUAGACGCGUCCGCGGACCUUGAGAAGGCCGUGCGGGUCGUCCUGGACUCCAAGACAGACUACCCCGCCGCGUGCAAUGCAGCAGAAACGCUCGUCGUUCAUGAAAGCCUCCUCUCGACCAUCUGGCCGGCAGUAGCGAAGGCCCUCCUUGCAGCCGACGUCCAAUUGCUCUGCGACCCGCCCACGCUCUCUGCCCUCUCCUCGUUUUCCCAUGCGCUCGCCAACCUCUCCACACACGUGCAUCCAGCGCCGCCAGACGCGUACUCGACCGAGCACCUCUCGCUCACGCUCUCCGUGCGCGCAACAUCCUCGCUCGCGGACGCGAUGCGCUUCAUCAACGCGCACUCCUCGCACCACACCGACUGCAUCGUCACAGAGGACAGUGCCGCCGCCGCGGCGUUCUGCCGCGGGGUCGACUCGGCGGGCACGUUCGUCAACGCGAGUACACGCUUUGCGGACGGCUUCCGCUACGGCUUCGGCACGGAGGUCGGGAUCAGCACCGGGCGCAUCCACGCACGGGGGCCCGUCGGGCUCGAGGGGCUCGUCACGUACAAGUACAUGCUCAAAAGCGGGGGCGCGCAGGGCCACGUCGUUGGCGAGUUCGGCCCCGGCGAGGGAAAGAAGAGAUACAAGCAUCGGCAGAUUGAGGCGCAUUCGGUGCCAUUUCUGGCGUGA